AUGAUGAUGAUGGAAAAGAGGAACCAACAAGGAGGAGGAGGAGGAGGAGGAGGAGGAGGAGGAGGAGGUGUAUUAUUCUGAAUGGCAGAACAGACCCAUCUGCUGUGGCUUGGCCCAGCCCGCCUGACCAUUAUUAAGGGAAACUGCCCGUUAGCGCCAGCUGCCAGCCCAGUGCAGCGUGGCCUGGCUCUCUCUCGCUGCCCCCUCCACCACCUCCCUCAGCCCCGGCCCUCAGAGCAGCAGCUGAGACAGGGUGCGGCUCCCAAGGCAUUCUCUAAACCUGGAGGAGGUGUUUAUAUUCCAGCGCAGAAUGUAAAUAAGGUGGGAAAUCAUUUCUGGGAGAUGUGUGUGUUUUUUUUUUACGUAAGUAAGUAAGUAUGUAUUUCAGUGUUAUUUUAAGUUUAUUUUAAUAACAUCUGAUAUCUUUUUUAAAUUUUUGUUAGUAUUUUUUUUGUUUUAUUCAUUUAUAUAAUUUUUUAUAAAAAAAAUUAUUUAUUUAUUUUUAUAUAUUUUUUAUAUAUAUAUUUUUUAUCAUCUUAAAUCUUGGUGGUUUCUAGAAAUAAUGGCCAUUGGCUGACCUCGGUACUCAUCGAGUGAUUCAAUUGUGCUUCACUUGGGAAAUUAAUGUAAAAAAUGGAGUGUGUGAAUCACUUUAGACGUGUUGAGUCAAACACAUUGUUCCAGAUCCAUACCCGUCUUUACUCAUUCCACAUCAGCAGCUCUAUAGCCAUUGGAGCAGCUCUAACCACCAGAGGUAUUCCCUUUCAGAGCUCAUAAAGCCUUUCACUUCACUUUGUUCCCAUUAUGCCCGCCUCUCCAAUUUGUCUCCAGACAUUUUUGUAACACCUAAUUGUGCCUACAGUCUGUGAAGAUGCCACACCUUGUGAUAAGUGCAUUCCCACAAGGUAAACUUGGCAGGGCUCGAGUAGAACAAACAAACAAGCAAACAUGCAGUUAUUUCGGAGCCUGUUGCUCUGCAUCCCAAUGAGGCUGAUGGAUUAGCGUUCCAUUCCAUUAAUGGGCUGAGAGGAGGAGUGCCAGAAGUCCCAUUCUGUUUUAUCGGUGGCUCGCUGCUUCUCACAUUGGUAAUGGCGUCUGAGCCGGCUGUUUUCCACAUUUUCCUUCCUUAUCUAAACUUCUUUGGUGUGCAACUCAAGUAAAUUGCCUGUUUCCCCCACACUGACUAGUUAAAGUUUACCGUGGGAACAUGGACGACACAUUAGAUGGAUGACAAUAAGGCUCUUAUGUUUGGUUCACAAAUGCAUACACAGGGCUAAAAUAAGCCAGGGGGCUAGGCUUUUAGCCGUGGUGGAAUGGGUUUAUGUUUGUGAGAGAGUGUGUUUGUGUGUCUGAGUCCAUCCGUUCGUAAGUUUGCGCGUCUUUCCAAGAGUGUAUGUGUGUUCUUGAUUUGUAUGUGCGUUUGCUCUGCUUGGCAGUCAGGUCUCUCUCCGAGAGCGGAGUCCUCUCUGACCUCCUACUGAAGGGUCAGGGGUCGUCUUUGAGCUAAUUGGGUUCACCUCGCUCUGGUCAUGACAUUCUGGGGUCGCACUGCUUUCAAAUGUCAGCCUCCAGCCGUGUUCCAUGCCAGCCAGGCCUGAGAGCAGUAGAGCAUCAAUGCCACAGCCCCUCUACCCAUUCAACCAUCUCUGCAGUAACACUUCAAAUGCCAAGGACAGUCCACCCACACCCUUUGCCUAGUCCUGGUGGAGUGAAGAGCGGAAACAUCUUUUGAGAACCAUUCAUGAAUUCACCUUUGUAUACAAUGACCGUACAUUUCUCACAUCCCAACUAAAGUCAGCGGUGAGUGUUAUAGAAUUAGAAGGACAUUGUCAUUGCAGUUUUUAAGCUCUGCAGUGAAGAAGUUGUAUUGUUAAGGCCGAUCGUCCUUUCUCCCUUCAGUGAACUCACUUCUGAUGUAGCGGUGGAGGGAGCUGGGGUCUUUCUGAAUGGUGGAUGAUCUGGAAAGGGCAGUAACAUUCCACUGCGUCAGUAGCUCUGUGAUGUAGUCCUCUAGGACUGUGUGGCGUGAUAAAUGGUGUUUGAGGGUAAUCACAGACCGGCCAUAGCAUACGGCAGCAGUCGGUCAGACACUACGCAUGGCAGAAGCCUAAAACCCUUAAUUGAUUCCAUGGUCAUGUUUUGAGUUAAUGUUUACUUGAUGGCGUGCUGCUGUGCGCUUGGCUUCCAAAACAUUCCACACUCUUCCAACUCUCGCCUAGAGCAGUGAGGUUUGGCACGAACCGUCAAGACUUCAACCACAACCCAUUAUCUGAUUUUAUCAGUGUCAAACUCUCAGGCUUAAACCAUUUCUCAGACCUCUAUUGAAUUCUAAGGCCGCAGCGUUGGAGAAUUCUUAACCUUAAUUUCCAGGCUAAUGAAGCACUGUAAAGCGGAUGGGCGGUCUUAAGCAGCAAUCACUUUGGCUGAUCAAUCCUGGCUGCUUUGUUUCACGCAUCCCUUUUACUUGGUGUUGAUGUGAUUGAGAGCUGCCUUAAUGGACCCUGCCGUAUCUACAUAUCUCCCCCCUCCACCUCCCUCCAAAGUCUUUGAUCGAUGCCCACCCUCUCAGGCUGUUAUCUAAGCUCACACACAAUGGGGCCCUCAGCGCUCCAGGUCUUCUUCCCUUCUUUCUUUCACUUCCUCUCUCCCUAUCUCUUCCCUCUCCAUCUCUGGACGGGACAAUGGGCUCUGUGGAGCCGCUCAUGCUAUUGUGAUGAUGUCAACAUUUUAUUCCAUUUUCAUCCAGCUCUCUCAUGGGUUCGCGCUCUGUUCUUAUUGACGCACAUACACACACACACACACACACACACACACACUCUUCCCCUCUCCACAUCCUUUUGUUGGUGUUUGUGGUGGUGGGUCGGGCUCUGGGAGGCAUCUCAUUGUAAAUCGUGUAAUCUGCUCUUUCUGGGUUAAUGCAUCUCUAUUUUCCGCUGGCUGUGUUCUGAGAGGGGGGAUAUUUGUGUUGACCUGCUUGGAGCCAGCCUGUUUGCUGUGAUUUAAAUGGGAGCAGGAGAGUCUGAACCCCCCCCAGAGUGGAGGAAUGCUGUUCUAUUUCCCCUCUCCACUGCAGCGUCUCAACUGUACUGUACUGACACUGCCAGCCUGGACAAAACAGCACAGUCACUAUGUGGCCUGAAAUACCCCUGCCUAAAUAAGGCCAUACUGUAGCUGGGUCACACUAGGCCUAUUUAUUCAGAAUAGUCCUUCCUAGCCUAUGUCCCAUAGUACAAUAUGUGACAGACAUAUUGUACUAUUUAUUUUUAUUUUUACCAAGAUUCAGUCUGAAGUCAUUCUUUGGUUUUCUACAUUUUACAUUUUAGUCAUUUAGCAGACGCUCUUAUCCAGAGCGACUUACAGUUAAUGAAUACAUAUUUUUUUAGUAAAUGUAUUUAUUUUUAUUUUUACCAAGAUUCAGUCUGAAGUCAUUCUUUGGUUUUCUAAAGCAGUGCCCUCAUUUGGUGUAGACAUGUUAUGAUCCUACAGUACUGUGUUAAUGCUGUAGACAUGACACGUCUAACUGGCAGGCUUUAGUUAGCUACAGUGAUUUAUACACUUCCAUUCUCUCUAAUUAAAUCAUUAAUUGGCCAUUCAGAACCCAUCAGACUGCCAUUAGGUUGAGCUCUGCUCCUUCUCAAGGUCUGGGUGGGCGGUUCAGCACUCUCAACUACGCUCUCUCGCUGAACAUUAAACCUUUUUCAUUUUAUAUUGCUGAGGGCCUCUCGUUUAGUCUUUCUGGUCCGGUCUGACAGUGCUCGAACUUCACACUUCCUGGCUCUGUGCUCUGUCAUUCUUAGCGGGGGAGGGAGGGAUUGAUGCCCAGCCACACUGCCAGACUACCGUCUGCCGUCACAGAGUGCUCUGUCACUAGGAAAGGUGCAGGGGGCAUACGGCAGGUUGACUCAUCAACACUGUGUGUGUGUGUACACAUACACUGCUCAAAACAAUUAAGGGAACACUUAAACAACACAUCCUAGAUCUGAAUGUGUGUGUGUGUGUGUACACAUUUCUUUACAUAGUUGAAUGUGCUGACAACAAAAUCACACAAAAAUUAUCAAUGGAAAUCAAAUUUAUCAACCCAUGGAGGUCUGGAUUUGGAGUCACCCUCAAAAUUAAAGUGGAAAACCACACUACAGGCUGAUCCAACUUUGAUGUAAUGUCCUUAAAACAAGUCAAAAUGAGGCUCAGUAGUGUGUGUGGCCUCCACGUGCCUGUAUGACCUCCCUACAAUGCCUGGGCAUGCUCCUGAUGAGGUGGCGGAUGGUCUCCUGAGGGAUCUCCUCCCAGACCUGGACUAAAGCAUCCGCCAACUCCUGGACAGUCUGUGGUGCAACGUGGUGUUGGUGGAUGGAGCGAGACAUAAUGUCCCAGAUGUGCUCAAUUGGAUUCAGGUCUGGGGAACGGGCGGGCCAGUCCAUAGCAUCAAUGCCUUCCUCUUGCAGGAACUGCUUACAUUUACAUUUGAGAUUUUAGUCAUUUAGCAGACGCUCUUAUCCAGAGCGACUUACAGUUAGUGAAUACAUAUAUAUCUUUUUUUAUACUGGCCCCCCGUGGGAAUCGAACCCACAACCCUGGCGUUGCAAACGCCAUGCUCUAUCAACUGAGCUACAUCCCUGCCGGCCAUUCCCUCCCCUACCCUGGACGACGCUGGGCCAAUUGUGCGCCGCCCAUGAGUCUCCCGGUCGCGGCCGGCUGCGACAGAGCCUGGAUUCGAACCAGGAUCUCUAGUGGCACAGUUAGCACUGCGAUGCAGUGCCUUAGACCACUGCGCCUUAGACCACUGCUGACACACUCCAGCCACAUGAGGUCUAGCAUUGUCUUGCAUUAGGAGGAACCCAGGGCCAACCGCACCAGCAUAUGGUCUCACAAGGGGUCUGAGGAUCUCAUCUCGGUACCUAAUGGCAGUCAGGCUACCUCUGGCGAGCACAUGGAGGGCUGUGCGGCCCCCCAAAGAAAUGCCACCCCACACCAUGACUGACCCACCGCCAAACCGGUCAUGCUGGAGGAUAUUGCAGGCAGCAGAACGUUCUCCAUGGCGUCUCCAGACUCUCACGCCUGUCACGUGCUCAGUGUGAACCUGCUUUCAUCUGUGAAGAGCACAGGGCGCCAGUGGCGAAUUUGCCAAUGUUGGUGUUCUCUGGCAAAUGCCAAACGUCCUGCACAGUGUUGGGCUGUAAGCACAACCCCCACCUGUGGACGUCGGGCCCUCAUACCACCCUCAUGGAGUCUGUUUCUGACCGUUUGAGUAGACACAUGCACAUUUGUGGCCUGCUGGAGGUCAUUUUGCAGGGCUCUGGCAGUGCUCCUCCUGCUCCUCCUUGCACAAAGGCGGAGGUAGCGGUCCUGCUGCUGGGUUGUUGCCCUCCUACGGCCUCCUCCAUGUCUCCUGAUGUACUGUCCUGUCUCCUGGUAGCGCCUCCAUGCUCUGGACACUACGCUGACAGACACAGCAAACCUUCUGUGCCAUCCUGGAUGAGCUGCACUACCUGAGCCACUUGUGUGGGUUGUAGACUCCGUCUCAUGCUACCACUAGAGUGAAAGCACCGCCAGCAUUCAAAAGUGACCAAAACAUCAGCCAGGAAGCAUAGGAACUGAGAAGUGGUCUGUGGUCACCACCUGCAGAACCACUUCUUUAUUGGGGGUGUCUUGCUAAUUGCCUAUAAUUUCCACCUGUUGUCUAUUCCAUUUGCACAACAGCAUGUGAAAUUUAUUGUCAAUCAGUGUUGCUUCCUAAGUGGACAGUUUGAUUUCACAGAAAUGUGAUUGACUUGGAGUUACAUUGUGUUGUUUAAGUGUUGCCCUUUAUUUUUUUGAGCAGUGUAUUUAGCCCAGGACUAGAGGUGUUACUGUGUGAUAUUAAUAACCUCUGCACCCGCAAUGACUGGACUGAGAGCAGAGGAUUAUGGGACAGACGUGGCCUCUGCCCUGUUUAACCAGGUCUCUGUGUGUUAGACACUUUCUCUUAAACACACGUACACUGUACAAACACUGUCCUAGACGUCUUACUCAGUGAGGUCACGGCCAGGGCAGCAGCUGUGAUCCUGCCGGUGACCUUGUUUCAACCAGGGCCCCGUAGCGCCCCACUGCCCUCCGUCAGGUCGUUAGUGCAGCUCGUUCUCGAUUAGGGUAGCUGUAAUGCUGAGCUGUAAUGCUGCGUUGUUAGGCCCUGCUGGAGUGCUUUCUCCUUGAGUUCUGUUCUGAACUAGUCCAUGCACUUGUGGCAAGAAACUUCUCUACAUUGCCGCACUUCCUUUUUUGUCUGCACUUUCUAGAGAUGGUGUCAAGGCGGUUCAGUUAGUUUCCUACUGACACUGAGCUCUGAGAGCAGCUGAAGUGUGUGUUUGGUGGUACAGUAACUCAGACAGGGUGUGUUUACUGCAGUGCUGUCAACCCCCACCCCUGAUGCUGGGUCAGACUCUCCAGGAACUCAGCUGUAACUCAUGAAAAUAGCUGUAUAAACAGUGAUAGAGGGAUUACAUGUGCUGUAUUUACAUGUAGCCUUCUAUAUAUAAAUACUGUUUGAUGAUGAAUACUGAUGAUCAAAUUCCUUGUGACUUAAUGGAAUCACAAUGAGAUUAAUGGAUUCUUAUGUAUAUCCUCAUGAAUCCAUAAGUCAGAAUGAAUUGGAUGUUUCAUCCUCCAAACAUGUUUUUUGUUCCUUUUACACACGUUAAACUCAUUCCACGGAUGGCCAAGUGUCUGCUGGUUUUCACUCCUCCCUUGUACUUGAUUGAUGAAUUAAGGUCACUAAUUAGUAAAGAACUCCCCUUACCUGGUUGUCUUAAUUGGAAGGAAAAAACAAAAACCCGAAGAUACUAGGCCCUCCAUGGAAUGAAUUUGACAUCCUGCUUUAACAGGACAUGUUGUCUGGCUUCUGUCUUCACACCCCCUCAUGUAUAAUACGGGCUGAUUUACUUUUGUAAAAUUAUGUCUAAAUAUGUAAAAUAUCUCUUCAACAUCAAAUUUGCAACUUUUCUGUUUACACUAGCCUGGGAUGUGGUGUGGCCAAAGCCACAUUCCUGCUUCAUGUGAGUGCAGCUAUUAGCAUAGUAUAUAAACAAACAAAACCAAAAUUGCAAUUCAAACUAUACAGGAACUUCUCAUCUAAACCACACUUGAUUCAAUGCAAUGAUUCACAAAUGUGUGGACAUUUUAAAAGCCUUUAAUUUUCUAUGACUAACGGAGCAAAAAUGCUGUCUGCUGGUAUAAAGGUAAUUAAGGUAAUUCUUGCAGGUGCAUGUGGUGUGGGAGAGCCUUUGUCUUUACACUGUACCACUCAGAGGGGGGGAUGUCUCCAACACCCCCCCCCCGGAGCAGGGUUUCGCAGGGUUCCCAUUAGGAGAAUGUGGCGCCGGACAUUUGAGAAAUGUACCGGACCCAUAUGCUUUGUGUGCAUAACCUGAUUAGGGCGUCCACCCACGGUGCUCAGAAUUACAGAAAUUACAUUUAGAAUAUGGUCAUUCAUAUUAACAGAACAUGCAAGUCGAGGAUGGAAAGAUGUGCUCUCCUUCUUACCGAAUUCUGAUGUGCACUUUGAACAUGUUAGAAUAACUUCCACAUUUACUUUUCCUCAGCCAACAAGACGAGUAAUGAACAGAUUUUCCAUGUCUGUAUGCUGUACGGGUGUGAUAAAUAAAAUACAUAACGAAUAAAAUGUACACGCACCAAUUUAAUUCCACUAAAUUAUGCAAAGUAACCUAUAGACCGAUAAACAUGACAAGUCAAAUGUAUUUCCAUGGACUGGUAUUUCCACCAAUGAAUAGGCUAAAAAGCAUUAUUUCGCAAUUUGAUUUUUUCUUCUUCUACCGGCGCCAAUUUUAUUUAUCGGACAAAAGCCGUCUUUUACCGGCUAACGGAAACCCUGCCCCGGAGGUAGUGUGGGAGACACUACACAAGUAUCUCUCCUGGACCUAGUUUGUAUCGUCUAAAUAGUGUAAAGAGGCCCUUAAUCUAUGAUUUCCUACCCACUUCUCUGUAACAAUGCAAAUGGAAUGCCUUAUUUCCCUAACAUGUAGUAUUUGUAUUUAUUAUGGAUCCCCAUUAGCCAAGGCAGCAGCUACUCUUCCUGGGGUCCAGCAACAUUAAGGCAGUUAUACAUUCUAAAAACAUUACAAUACAUUCAUAACAGAUUUCACAACAUAUUAAGUGUGUGCCCUCAGGCCUCUCCUCUACUACCACAUAGCUAUAACACAAAAUCUAUGUGUACGUGUGUAUAGUACUUAUGUUAUCGUGUGUUUGUAUGCAUGUGUCUAUGUUUGUGUUGCUUCACAGUCCCCGCUGUUCCAUAAGGUGUAUUUUUAUCUGUUUUUUUUAAAUCUAAUUUUACUGCUGGCAUGAGUUACUUGAUGUGGAAUAGAGUUCCAUGUAGCCAUGGCUCUAUGUAGUACUGUGCGCCUCCCAUAGUCUGUUCUGGACUUGGGGACUGUGAAGAGACCUCUGGUGGCAUGUCUUGUGGGGUAUGCAUGGGUGUCCGAGCUGUGUGCCAGUAGUUCAACUUGUAUUUGUGAGAGGUAUUGACAUGUUGAAUGAACCGAGCUGUCUGUUUGAACUACUGGCACACAGCUAGGUUCAUUCAACAUGUCAAUACCUCUCACAAAUACAAGUAGUGAUGAAGUCAAUCUCUCCUCCACUUUGAGCCAGGAGAGAUUGACAUGCAUAUUAUUAAUGUUAGCUCUCUGUGUACGUCCAAGGGCCAGCCGUGCUGCCCUGUUCUGAGCCAAUUGCAAUUUUCCUAAGUCCCUCUUUGUGGCACCUGACCACACAACUGAACAGUAGUCCAGGUGCGACAAACUAGGGCCUGUAGGACCUACCUUGUUGAUAGUGCUGUUAAGAAUGCAGAGCAGCGCUUUAUUAUAGACAGACUUCUCCCCAUCCUAGCUACUGUUGUAUCAAUAUGUUUUGACCAUGACAGUUUACAAUCCAGGGUUACUCCAAGCAAUUUAGUCUCCUCAACUUGCUCAAUUUCCACAUUAUUCAUUACAAGAUUUAGUUGAGGUGUAGUAAAUGAUUUGUCCCAAAUACAAUGCUUUUAGUUUUUUGAAAUAUUUAUGACUAACUUAUUCCUUGCCACCCAUUCUGAAACUAACUGCAGCUCUUUGUUAAGUGUUGCAGUCAUAUCAGUCGCUGUGGUAGCUGACGUGUAUAGUGUUGAGUCAUCCACAUACAUAGACACAUGUGAUGCUGAUACACUGAUGCUGCAUCACCGACGUGUGUAUGGCUGUGAUUAAUGACUGUGUUUGUGUCUGUCUGCAGGUAUUUGGUGAUAUCUAUCACUUCCGGCACCGUUCUGUGGAGAAGAGGUCUCUGUCGGAUCACCGAGGGACGCACGUCCGUCUACAAAAAGAGCCUCAGGUAAGACACAUUGGGAGGAGGGGUGAGUGUGAGGGUGGGUGUGUGUAGAUGAUGGUGGGUGGGUGAGUGUAUCAAAGCGGAUGAGGAGGUUGAGAGUGAGUGUGCAGCAAGAGAGGGUGGAGGGAUGUGAGUGUAGGGGAGGAUGGGUUAUAUCAAUAACAUGACUUCACCAGCCGCAACAGAGGGUGGGGGUUGGAUUGGGCGUGUUGAAAGAUGAUGAAUUAGUCUAGAGUCAUACUGUAAUGCACCUCCCAUUAACAACACAGGCAGUGUGAGAGAGGUGAUGGGGGGGGGGGGCAGUAUGUGAAAGAGGUGGUUGAGAGCUAGGUUGGAUGAGUUAACUUCUAUUCCAUAACAUGACUAGAGGAGCCGCAGGUACUUCAUCACCAUCUGUGGAGCGGCCAUUAGGCAGGCAGCGGGGGUAAGGGUCGACGCAGAGGGGACCACAGUGAGCUAACAACCACAGGGCAGAGUGCCAGAGACCUGAGCUCUCAUUUAUCACCCACUUUUAAUGGAUGUCUCUGACACCCUACAGCCUCUGCCUUGUCCGUUUCCUUUCCUUAGGGCUGGGAGGUGAGAGCAUCCUAAACAUGCUACUCACAUACACACAUGUAUACUGUGCUAGGCUAUACUGUGGUGUCUAAUGACCCCAUUCUCAAACCACCUCUGAAUAGAUUAGGUUUCCAGUUUGGUUUCUAAUGCCUGUCUUGUCUGAUGAUUUUUCUUCCACUCCUAUUGUGGGUGUUUGAGUGAUGGGGCCCUGUUUAAAAGGUCUGGGGCUGUGUGUAGUCCACUCCUCUGUGGUCUCCUGGUCUCACGUUUCCCUCUGUAGCUCUUUGGGCUCUGGCUGUGCUUCCAUGGCUGUGAAAGGUGAGCGUUUGAACUGCGGCACAAUGAAUGUCCUGCCAUCUGCAGCAGCCCCUCAGAACCGCUCCACUGUUUGUCACUCAGCGCAGCUCAGGUCCAGAUGAGAAGAUCAGAGAGAGGGCUUGUAACACAAACCCACAGACUAAUGUCCAGGAAAAGCUAACAUGCACACGCACACACAAACGCAGAUAUGCACAAAGACACACACACACACAGUCACACAGUCACACACACCACUAGUUCUAACUAAUGUUGGUGCUGCUGUGGGCUGGUUCUGUAAUUGGGGCGGCUGGGUCAGCGAGAACCAUUACCAGCCUUAGUCUCUGCUGACAGUUCACAUGCUGUACAAAACGCUGCUUUAAAGGUUUGCAGGACUUGCUGAUUCAGAGGUACUCUUCCCCUCCCAUUUCCAAAGAACAGAGAUGUGUGUAUAAUUGAGUAUGCAUUCUUAUGGGGGGUGACUAGGUUUGAAUGAGCAAGACCUGCGGUACUGACUAACUGGCAUCCCCUGGGAACCCACAAUUGAAAAUCCCCUGAAACUAUAGGGUGUCAUGGGAAGUCUAUUGUGUGUUAAGGUAAGGACUAACGGCUUCUGCAGUCUGCCAGUGGACACGUCCCCUGCCCAGUCCUGUUCCCGCUGACUGUAGAGAACCCAUGUUUUGGUUUCCCAGCAUUAUGGGAGGUCAUUCAGCCAGCGAACUGUGUGGCCAAGUCUCGCCGCUGUUUGUCUUGAGCAGGUGCACGGUGAGAAAAGCGUUGUGUGGCCUAUCUCCACUUACCCUUAGCAGCACGGCACCAAAACAACACUGUUCCCGCCCCAACCCCACUCCUCCCCCCACCCCUCCGCUCACCACUUAACUGACGGGAUUUCCUCUCUCGCCGCCACUCCAUUUCCUGUUGUUGAAUUCCUUUUCUCCCAGAGCACCUCAGAGAAAGGGGAGCCUCCCUGCACCUCCCUCCCUCCUCUCCUCAGGUCAGCCCUGUGGCCUACAGAAGUCACACUGGGGGAGAUGGAUCCCAAACAAAAGGAGCAAUAAACCCUGCUCAAAGACUCUCACAUUACUGUGGACUAAACGGCCAGGGACUCUGCCAAAUCUCAGUCUGGCUGACUGGCUGCUCAUUCACAUCUAAUGGUGAUGCAUCGCUCUAAUAUUGUCUAGCUGUUGUAAGACCAUUGCUGUAGUGAAAUUGUGUUACAGUUAGGCUUAAACGAUAUACCCAUAGAAAUGCCAUCAAUACAUCAAUCAGUAUUACCACCUAGAGUUUUUCCUGGUCAGGCCAUGUGGUCAGGGAAAACCCCUGGACCUAAUCAUUUUACAACCCAUACAGCUUCCUUUGCUACAGCUAUGUAACACUACAGCCAUGGUAAUGGUGCUCUAGCUGUGGUUGUUGCUUUGGUGUUGGCCUAAGGUUGUGUUAUGUUUGGUUGUGUUGAUGUUUGUAUAUGGAGGGGAAUAGAAGAGAGCAGGAAGGAAGACACAGAGACCUGUCUGCUCAGUAUCUGCUGGACAGCAGCGUUUAACCAAGCAGCCGGGGUCCUGUAUGUGAAUGGUCUUGAGCGAGGAGAAAAGCUGUCUCAGAUAGCUGGCUUCCGGACCCAUUUAUAAUGGAGAUCUUAUCUGUUAAUCGCUAGCUGGUUCCCUCUGUUCUGUUCCACCUCACUCGGUCUGUUUAAGAAUUCCUGGAGACUCCCUCUCUGGCUCGCGCCAGAUUUUUCCCCUUUCAAACAUUUGCUUAAUUAUCUCUGUUUGCGAUAGGGGAACUUUGGCAAAGGCCUUUAAGCGUAAUGAACAUUGGAAACGUCUGUCUUUCCUGACUGAGGAUCGGAUGGUAAUCUGUGGUAAACUAAGAACUCACAGAGACAAAGUUAACUUAUCUUGCCUUAUUGUGUUGAUUUUAAAUCCGUCCAUUCAAAAUGUUUAUUCACUCCCUGUCUCAUAUGAAAUACUUUAAUUUUAAUUUUCUCCGUGUCAGGACUAACACAAGCCUCAUUAAUGCUGUUUCUGGGGGUGAUCCGUUAGGCUAAUAGAAGAGAGCAGUCAUAUGGAAAGGAUUGGUUGCUCCAAGUGAGGUUCAGCCUACCCAUCCUCUAUGCAGUCAGGCACUACUGAUAACCCUGUGCAUGUUAAGAGAGGGGAUUUAGCUACUCUGGGACGCUCUGUCAUGGCUGACCUGUUUUAAUCAAUAACCUCAGAGAUACUGACGCUGUCUGAGCUUAGCAGACUGUUCAUUAACAGUCCAAAACCUCAAUUUCUCAUCUCAUCUCCCCUGGUUGAACUGGAUGGAGGUUUUCCAUCUGGAACAUCAAGGUAACAAACUAUCAACAGUGUUCUUUCUGGUUGUACUGUAGUUGGCAGAGUUCAUGAAAGCAAUGACAGGCUCCAUUGGCCAAAUGCAGACGGUAAACAGUGUUGCCCUGAGUUACCAUAGAGACUGUUGUUUUCAUGUAAAGUGAGGUUUCUCCCUAAUGACUUACGUAUGUUCUCUGUACACACACCACAUAGUGAGCCCCGUACCAGCAGCUAAUCUGCAUGCCUGACUGAGUGUGCUUGGGCUGUGAUUAAGGGGUCUUGUAGCGGGCCUUGUUAAUGCCUUGUUUGCAGGAGCGCGAGCCCAGACUGUGGCACGGCACAAUUACAGGGGUCCGUUCCCUCCCUCUUUUGGCCCUCUCACUCUCCGCAUGGCUGACCUAGCCUCAUUCUGUGGCUGCCAGUAAAUCGCAGAGUAAGAGACUUAACAGUCAGGGAAAAACCAUGUGGCUCCUGGCCAUGCAAUAUUACUGUUUCCUUUAUGAACAUUGUUUUUGAUGACCCCAGUCGCCUCUGUCUUCAUUGUUCUGUGGGGAGUGUAAAGCUGAUGACUGGAUGAAGGGAAGAAAGAGGCAAGCAACACACUAUCUACCCUGUGUUCCAUGACUGCAGCCAGGAUUAGAGACCAAAGGAAACUGUGUUGCUUCCUGACAGGAAGCCCCAUGGACUCAUGGGUAAUGGAGUGAAGUCGGAUGGUACAUCUCAAUAGUCUAACGUGGCUUGCUCUCAUCUCCUUUCCAUCGCAUGCACUGACAUUAAACUGGGACAGCAAAUUCCUGGUAGGCAUCCUGUCAUUUUGCUUUCACCUACCUUAGCAUCAGUGCAGAGAUGAGGAGACAUGGAGGGGAAGCCUCUUAUAUUGUGAUGUCCCCAUAGACUGACCUGGGAGAUUGGUUCAGCCUCCCUAAACCUCUUCUCCUAUCCAUGCCUCACUAUUUCAUCUGGACAGGCAGGGGAUUUUACCUGCUGUAGGACAUAGACAAAUCACCCAUGUUACCUCUGUUUUCAUAUCGCUGCUGUCAGUACAGUAGCACCCCACUCACUGUCCCCCACUCUUCUUAGUGUGUUGACCUUGUGAAGGGGGCACCCAUUGUGGAAGCAUCUGCUCCAGUGUGAUUCUGUACAACUGCCAACCAGCAAGGGGCUUUCAACACGGAUUCAUGUAAACACGUCCGAUUCCCCCCCCCCCCCCCCAUUAAAAAAAAAAAAUCCUGUACACCAAUUAUUGGUUGGAGGGCAGCGCAUAAAGGUGCGUGCUGUGUCGGUAGUAACCUUGGUGUUAUUGACGCUCUUGUGGUUUGAGCUGUUGGCAGAGAGUUGCCUGUUGUGAUUCCUGGUUGUCCUUCAUGCCUGCCUCUCUAUCCUUGCAGCAGUCGCUUGUCUCCCUGCUGCAGCUUCUCUUCCACACCCCUCUCUCCACAUCCCCCUCUGCUUGUGUCCCUUUCACCCACUCCACUGUACAGGGAGACAGCAGCUCGUAGAUGGGGUGCGACGCAGGGUUGUCGCUGUGUGCAAUCUGCCUCUGUCAACACUUUCUGCAGCAUGCCGGCCGGAACUCCCAGAGAAGAAUAGCUCAAAUCAAAUGUUAUUGGUCACUUACACAGUUUCUAGCUCCAACAGUGCAGUAAUACCUGGCAAUAAAAAUAAGAAAUAAAACACAAUGCAAAAUGCACACAUAAUCCAGAACAAUCCCUCCCCUCCCCCAUCCCAGCCUACUGUUAUUACCAGGGCUUUGUGUGGGGAGGCAGAGCAAAGCAAGGAGGGAGACUGAGGACAAAGACUGGGUGUCGUAGUGUGUUCUUCUGUGUGUCUGUGUAUAUCCUCCUUUCUAUGUUAAUGUAGAUUUUAGUUUGUGCCUCUGUCUGCGUUAAUGUGAUUUUGUGUGUUUCUGUGUUCUUCUGUCUGUGUGUGUGUGCGUGGCCCCCUAUCUGCCCUCAUCUAGCUGUUUUAAUUAUUCUCAGCCUAGGCCCUCGUUAGGCUUGGUCUCUAAUGAGGAGCUCCUGAAUGCCUAUGUUAGAACCUCUGUUUAUCUCUCUCUGCUCUCGUCCUGCUCUGCUUGAUGAAGUUAGAUUUCUCUUUCAUUCUGGGGAGACGGUGACCCUCAUGUUCCCUCCUGAUCAUCAUUAUUCCUUAUACCCUGUACUGAUUGUCUUCCUCUAGUAUAUUGAGUGCCGUAUUAGCACGGCUACUUCAGUAAUGUCCCUCCUCUGGUUGAAAUCCGUGUUACUAAUAGAGUAGUGGUGUUCCCAUCCGCGUAUUAGCAUGGUGAGCGAGUCUACUUAAAGAUGGAAUCCGCAGUAGGGGAAACGGCGCCACUGUCUGCCCCACAGCUUCUGUUAUUGUUUUUGUUUUGUUGACGAAGUGGAUGUGAGGAGCGUCGCCCAACGUGGUCAAAAAAAUUGCAGUACACAUUCUGCUGCUUCUCGCCAGUACAAUGAUGUCUGAGGGGGAAAAAACAGUGUUCGUUGUUUGUUUCGCAAACGGACAUGGAAAUUUCACCAUUAAGGAUUCCAGCUUUAAUGGGUGCCCACGCUGAAUGUAAUCACGUCUCUGUUUGAUGCCAUGACUGAUGCCUUUCUCUCUGUGUGUGUGUGUGUCUUCCUCAGGUGACGUGGGCAGAACAGCAGGUGGUGAAGAGUAGGAAGAAGAGGGACAUCUACACGGAGCCCUCGGACCCCAAGUUUACCCAGCAGUGGUACCUGGUUAGUAGACCAAGUCUGGCUGACAUUUAACAAUCUUUAUCACUUUAUUAUCUCUCAAUAGGACAAAUAUGAGGAAGAAUGUGUCUCAAAUACAUAAGGAGAGAAAUCAAUACCCACUCUCAGCGCUUCAUUGCUGUCAUAAACAAGCCACAAUGGCUUCCUCAGUGUAUGGACUGAAAUUUCAAAAACAACCUCUCAGACAACCUCAGACGACUGCCCAUUGCUGAAGCCACUGUGUAGUCAGGAGACAGACAGUUCAAACCUUUUCUCAGUUGAUCAGUAAUCCCUCCCUGUGCUCGGUUGUGUGCCCUGUUCUGUCUGGAUGCACAGGGCUUUAUAGAGCCAGUCUCUUUAUUAAAAUGGAAAUGACAUAAGAGCCCAUACAGUGUCACAGCAGGGCCCAGCGCUCUGUUUGAUCUGUCUGCCCAUUCUCAAUAACUCAGAGUGGAUAGUUCCCUGUUGGCUGAGUAAAACAUUUUAGUUUACUCUAUUCAAUAGACUGUAUUAAUAUAUGGAGGCCCUUUGUCUGAAGGAGUGGAUGCAAUAAAGUGUCUUGGUUAAUGUAGAAUGGACUGCUUAAUGACCAUGGUCUUUUAGGAGUCCAUUAUCAGAACGGCAUACACAUUUGGGUUUCCAGUCUUAAAUUGAAUUCAUCUAUUUAUUGUAUUCCCCAGACAAUGGCACAGUCCCCAAACGAGGCAGUGAAUACAAAUAAAGGACUGAAAUUAAACCAGUCUGUUAUUGCCUGAAUGUAUCAUCUUAAAUGCAAAAUGACACACUUUGACUUUGAGAAGGUUACACAGUCUGAUCCAGUGGUCCAUGAAAGAAACGGUGAGAUAAACAAGUUGUGAUUUCUCUUCACUUUGCUCCACCUUUAAUUAGUCUCAAAUAAUGUUCCAGGCAAUAUAAAAUAGUUGAUUGAAAUUCUCAACAAACAAACAUUCCUCGCUUACUCUCCAACACGCUCACACUGGAGCUGAAGCAAAUCCAAUUUCCCCCAUGUCCCCGAGCUGUUGUUGGGGGGAGGUGGGGUGGUGUGGAUACUGGCGGCUGACUUCACCAGUGUGACUAGCUACAUUUAAUUCCCCUCCGGAGUUCACAGCUCUGUCGCACACAGCUUGCUAGCUAACUCUCCAGGCACACUGAUUUGACUUAAGUAGUUUACUAUCACGCUACAGAGGGAAGCGGGGAACCUGGGGCCCUGCGAUGGAGAAGUAUAGCUGGUGCUGUUUGCUGUUAGUUGGUUUAGUAAGGGUACUGUGUAGUGAGGUACUAGGAGUAGAGAGUAUGCAAUGAGAUUGUGGUGAGGGUGUAAGGAGUGUAAAAAGGGUGAAGUAUUUGGGUUUAGUGGGAGGCUGUAGCAAAAGUGUAAUAAUAUUGUAGUGUUUAUAAGGGUAUAGUGUGCAUGUAACAAGGGCGAUGUCAGGCAAAGCAGUGUUCUAGAAGGGGUGCUGCUGUAUAGAGUGUAGUUUGAGCCUAGUCUGAGUCUGAGCCCUGUUCCCCAGGUGGAUCUCGGCGGUAGAUAGUAUCUGUGUAUUACCGUCAGUCAUUAAGACGAGUCUCUGACUGGUCAGUUUACACUGUGUCUCUAUGAUAAGGACAUGGAUAAACUCUGCUGCUACUUCCUCUGCUUAUUCAUAUGUGUAACAGCAGCUCAUAUCACUGGUCUGUCCCCUGUCCCUCAUGGAUCAAAUGGAAAAAGCUCAAAGCACGGUGUGAGAUUUCAAAGGCAGUAAAGUUUGUUAAUGUGCCAAUGUAAUGCAGUAAGAAUGGUCAAUUUUAAAGAGGUAUAGGAAAAAUACAGAAAUACUAAAUGUCCAAGACCAUUACAAGAAACUGGAGAAUUUUGAGGGUAAUUCCCACUUUUGAGUCAGAUUUGAGCAGGAUUUUCUGAGUGGGAUAAUAAUAAUAAUAAUAAUAAUAAUAAUAUGCCAUUUAGCAGACGCUUUUAUCCAAAGCGACUUACAGUCAUGUGUGCAUACAUUUUUACGUAUGGGUGGUCCCGGGGAUCGAACCCACUACCCUGGCGUUACACAGGGUAAAGCUUUGGCCAUGGUUAUCUGACACCGAAGGCCUUGGUAUCUGACACUGAAGGGUUUGGAUGAGAGGAAAAUAGUAGGAAGACAUUUUCAGACAAAUUACAUUCAAUUGAGGCAGCAUUUUAGAGAAACGGCUGUGUGAGAAUUGAAAGGCAUCAAACAUGGUAUUUGACCAAAGGUCAAGUUUGAUGUGGAGAGAAUACCAAAAGGCCUGUGUAGAAGUCUCUCUGUACCAUUACCCUGCUAGCUGGUUGUCCACUAACAGAGACACUCAGGGGGUGGCUCUGAUGAGAGAUGUAUGCAGGGUCUGGUCUGGUCUGUCUGGUCUGGGACUGAUGCUCCAUGCUGAGUGACGAGUCUCUUUGUCUGCCUAGCACCACAGGAUAUGGUAAGUCUGUCUGGUGCCACAGGAUGCCGUCUGCCUCCCAUGGGGAUGUUGUCAUUUUCUGUUAGGAUUGAUGUCUAAUGCAGUCUGACACAUUUCUCCUGGGACACAUCAGCCGAACAUUCAUCUAUAUAUUUCUGUUUGGAGACGAUCACGGGAUAUUUUUUUUAUUUCAUAGUCUAAAAUAAUUUGAUAAUGCAAAGAUAAGUUCAUUAAUUGCUAGGUUUUUAUUAUCUCACAUGUCUUGUAAUGGAUCUUUAGACUCCAUUGACUGGUCUUGGUGUUUUCCCCUCCACAGUACAAUGCUAAUCAUCGUGACCUGAAUGCUAAAGGUGCGUGGGAGCUGGGCUACACUGGGAAGGGAGUGGUGGUGUCCAUCCUGGAUGAUGGUAUAGAGAAGAACCACCCAGACCUUAUAUCAAACUAUGUGAGUAUCACAUUACCCCUGGCUUCAAGGCUGGGGUUGCUGCAUCUAAAUAGUUUAAGAUGGCCUCCUUUCCAAGAUCCAUGUUGAUGAGGAGAGGAGGCCAUUUUGGACUAUUGGUAUUCACCCCUAGACUUUUUACUCGUACUCCUCUUAUCAUAGAUGAGUGAUUCUGAUAAUCUCUGUCUGCCUGCCUGUAGGACCCAGACGCCAGCUAUGAUGUGAACGAUGGCGAUCCAGACCCUCAGCCACGAUACACACAACUCAACGACAACCGGUAAGACCCUGAUAAGAAAGACACUGUAUCAGUGACGGCUGAAUUUGAUCUCAUCCGUGCCUAACUUGAGUUGUAGUGGUCUAAGGCACUCUCUUUCUCUAUCUAGCUGUGCCACUAGAGAUCCUGGUUAGAGUCCAGGCUCUGUCGCAGCCGGCCGCGACCGGGAGACCCAUGGGCGGCGCACAAUUGGUCCAGCGUCGUCCAGGGUAGGGGAGGGUUUGGCAGGCAGGGAUGUGGGUUCGUUUCCCACGAGGGGCCAGUAUGAAUAAAUAAAUAAAUUAUAAACGUAUGCAUUCCCUAAACUGUAAGUCGCUCUGGAUAAGAGCGUCUGCUAAAUGACUAAAAUGUAAAUGUAAUGGAGUGAGUUAUGGACACCGUCACUCUGCCUUGGGUCCAGGUCUGUCAGCUGAGCCAGUCAGGUAUUGGGCUGCCCACUGCUGUUAGAUCAUAGCUUCUCUGACUGAAAAGAGAAAGGGAAAUGCACAGAUUGAAGUAGUAGACUCUUAGAGGGCCGGAGAACAUCUCAAUGUGUUUUGGGUCUCCCCACAAUCAAGAGCAAGCAUGUGAUUUAGUCUUAAAUCACCCAGCUGCUACCAGGGCAUUUCUGUGGCCUAGUUAAGUGGAGUAAAUCUCCUGGGAUUAAGUGAAUUUGUGAAGAAAGCAGCUUUACUGCAGGGGCCUGAGCAGAUAGCAUUAAGACUUGUUUACUACCGCCCCCGAUGUUUUCCCUGCUGCCCUGAAUUGAUCGAAUUAAUUUCAUCAGCGUUAACGAAAUGGGACAAAUCUCCUGGCUCUGGAAAGGCCUGCUCCUCUCAUUCCGCUCCCCUGCAUGCUUACCCUUUCUGACUUUAAUUUGGGAUUUUCCAUAAUCUGCUGUUUUCGGGCUGCUAGCCAAAUACCCUUUUUUUUAUCUUGAGGCUAACCAUGAUUGGUGAUGACAGGCAGAGAGGGUUAUAGUUAAGGUCUCCAACUGAGACUGCAUGGGUCUGGAGCAGGCACUGUGCACAUGGAGGCCAGACUGGUGUAAGGAGAGAUGGAGAUGGCCUCAAGUAAAACAACAGUGCAAACAUUACUUCCUACACUACUGUGUAUAGCCAUAAGUCUUGAGCCUCCUGCUGUCAAAGAGAGAAAGUGAAACGGCACAGUAAGAGCUAACGCCAAUGGAGCUCUGCCACUGACCACGCAAACACACACACACACACACACACACACACACACACACACACACACAGAGCAUCCGAUAUUAUGAUUCCCCCAGCAUACACACAGCCAACAGACAGUUGAUUCCCCUAUCCCACACACACACAGUGCAGUAAAUGCCUUUGGACUGAGAAUCCUCCUGGCUUGUCCUCUCUUCCCUGCCUAGCUCACCCAAGCGCUUAUCUCCAGCCGCCCAGCUCUGCCUUGCUUCCCCGUGGCAGGACUGAGGUGUGUGUGUGUGGUCAUUCGUGUCUCUGUGUGUGGUGUGUGUGUGCGUGCACAAUGUGUGUGUGUAACUGCAUGGGGUUGGUGUAGGCGCGUGUGUAAACACCCUGUGGGCAGGCUGGAGCUCUGUAAGGCUGUGUAAGGGCCUGUUCCCUGCAGAAAGCCCAGCUCUGUUCACCUCCAUAAAGCUCCCUUUCUUCCCCUGUGUGAGGAGCGCUCCUCUGCAGCAAUGUGGCCAUUCAGCCCCGUGUUUGUCCAAGUCAACAUGUGAUCUGGCUCUGUGGCUCUGCAGCCUUACUGUCUUAGACCAGGAUGCUCAGUCUCUCUAGGGGCCUCUGCUGCGAGCUAAAAUUGGAAUUGAGGGGGUUUUUCUUUUUAUGUAUUGAAUGUUUCCCAAAAUACCCAUCCUCAGCUGGGAGUGGCAGGCUUUACAGCUAGAUCUAGCACAGGAUAAUCUCCACAAGAUUUGAACUGAGGUUCUCUUUUUUAUUGAUUUUGCCAACGGAGGCUUUUCUGUUAUUCGAAGCAUUUGGUAAAGCAGUGGGAAGUAGACUUGAGGUAUUUUUUUUAGAUCCUGAAAGAAGCUGAUUUUAUCACGCAGUGCUGUAACUGCUGUACUAUGGCUGAUAUCAUGCUAUUAAUAUAUUCAUUAAAAAGAGUCAGGGAGUUGGCUAAUUUGAAUUUGCCACUUUGAAUAGUGCAUUACAUUAAGUUGCCUUGCUGCAAGAUACCAUCAAGGACAAGAAAGUUAGAUGAACUGUACUGUAGUUGUACACACACAGGAAUGUAGCUGUAUAUUGGGUGAAAUUGGGGAUAUUGCUGGUAUAGCUUCAAUCAAUAGCCGUAAGUGUUUGGGCUUCAUCAUCUGACCACCUUUUCUCAGGCCUCCAGGGUACCAGCGCUCGGUGUCUGGUAGAGUGCAAUAG